AUGCCCAAAAAGCCAAAGCAUCUUGCUCAAGUCCAGGCUCUUGCUGCAAUAGGCCAGUCACGCCUUAUGUCCAUUUGGGACUCUCUCUUUGCGCACAUGAGCCAGCCAGUCGCCCAGAUUCUUCUCACCCGCAAUGACAUCGCGGACCGCUCGCAAUACCUCAAUGCCCAGAACACUCUUGCAGAGACGCUAUCAUUUGGAGUCAUCCCAAUCGUCAAUGAGAACGAUACCCUCGCUGUAAGCGAGAUCAAGUUCGGCGACAACGAUACCCUCAGUGCUAUCACGGCGGCCAUGGUUAAUGCGGACUACUUGUUCCUGAUGACGGAUGUGGAUGCCCUCUACGAUAAGAAUCCGAGGAAGUUCCUCGAUGCAAAGCCUAUCUCAGUGGUCGAUGAAAUCGACGCGCUCCAAGCAGACGUCUCCUCGGCAGGCUCUGCGCUCGGAACCGGCGGCAUGGCAACGAAAAUUGUUGCAGCUCGAUUAGCAACAGCGGCGGGGACGAGCACCAUUAUCACCAAGUCGUCGAAACCAGGCAACAUUGCAGCAAUCAUUAGCCACCUCCACCCGCCGGUUGAAAUUGAUGGCGAAACUGGAAGAGAUGUCCCCUUGGCUGCUCCUGAACCACCACUACAUACCCGCUUUCUCCCUUCUCUUACGCCGAUCCGCAACAGGGCGUUCUGGAUCCUCCACGGUCUAGCUCCUCAUGGUACGAUUUAUAUCGAUCGAGGUGCCUCUCUUGCGUUAGCGAACAAAGCCGGGCUGCUCCCCGUGGGUAUUGUCGACGUGGAGGGCACGUUCGCGCAACAAGAAGCAGUCCGCCUCGUGGUUGUUGACAAGAUCCCUAUCGGGAGUCUCUCGCCUACAGGAGAUUCGAAUUCAUACAAUCCCUCAGGAGGGAGGUAUCAGUUCGUGCUGAAAGAGAAUGGGGAGGAGAUUGGACGCGCAGUGGUGAACUACUCGUCAUCCGAAGUUGCCAGAAUCAAAGGGUUGCGCAGCUCUGAUAUUCGCAAUGUGCUAGGCUACGCGGAUAGCGAGUAUGUUGCCUUCAGAGAGAAUGUGAGUUUACAUGCCAGUGCAAGUGGUGUUCAGAGCAGACCGGAGACACCUAGCGGGCCGAGAACGCCGACGAAGGAGCGCACGCCAGAUGUGAGUAUAGCUGAUUUGAGGGGCAUUGCGGAUUGA